AUGUUCCCCAUAUUCUCCCGGGACGAUGCCACCCAGAUAGCCACGUCGACACACCAUGGCAACGCAGAGACAGUGGUCAACGCCGCCAUCUGGCCCAUGCUCGCCGUCUCGACCAUAUUCUUGGGCCUGCGAAUCUACUGCAAGGCCAUCCGCGUGCGAUGGAUGGUCUGGGUCGACGACUACCUCCUCCUCGCCGGCUGGGCGUUCCUCGUCGUCUCCUCCGGGCUGCUGAGCAGGCUCGUGCACCUGGGGUUCGGCAAGACGCUGAUCAUGACGCCAACGAUGAGCACGGUUCUCUACUGCGCCGAUAACACGCACAAGCUCGCGUUGGCGCUGACAAAGACGUCGUUUGCUGUGACGCUGCUGCGGAUCGCGACCGGGUGGCAGAUCUACCUGAUCUGGUUUCUCGUCGUGAGCAUGAAUAUUCAGUUCUUGGUGCACAUCAUCUUGACCUGGAGAGCGAUCUGCCCGCGGGUGCCAGGCGACACGACACCGCAUCUUCCGGGCACCUGUUGGGAGGCUCACGAGGCCAUUACGUUGGGCAUAUUCGGUGGCUUCUAUUCUGCUCUUUCAGACUUUGUGCUCGCCCUUCUGCCGUGGAAGAUUGUCAUGGGGCUGCAGAUGAGGAAACACGAGAAGAUUGGCGUUGCCGUUGCCAUGAGCAUAGGGGUGCUAGCUGGCGUCAUGGGUAUCAUGAAGGGCUCCUACAGUGUGCUCAUCAUUAAAUUUACCAAUGUUGAAGACUACACAUGGAAACUCGCCGUCUUCUGGAUCUGGGCCGAAGCCGAACCCAACGCGACCAUCAUCGCGGCUUCGAUUCCGGUUCUCCGUGUUCUCGUUCGGAACGUGCGCAGCGGUCGCGGUCCCUCUGCGUAUCCCUCCGGCCAGUACAUCAAGUCCGAUACGUUGAGCAAGUUUCAAGCGCCGAGCAACGCCGUCAACACAGUCGACGACGACGGGUUCGCGUUGAGCAAGGGCGAUGCCAGCAGCGACCGGAGCAUAUUACCCCGAGAAUUGGAGCAGAAAGCGGGCAUCACGAGGACGCGGGAGGUCACGGUCGAGUACGACUCGAGCAGCCGCCAGUCAAGCAGGGUAGUGGAAGAGUCGGAAGAGGGCAUAGAGCUGUCGGAUCGUUGGUCGCCUCCACGGCGCAGGACGAGCGUGAUGAGUAUCAGAGGAGACAAGAGAUAA